CAUUUAACGUGCACGUUAUGGACGUCGCAUAUUGUCCUGAAUUAUCGAUUUUUUCCAAGUAUCUCUCACAGUGUACAACAAACGGUUACUAUGGAUACUUGCCUCUAUGAAGUUCCGGGUAUGAAACUGUUUUCGUUUCCAGUGAGAUAGACACGUUUAAAUAUGACGUAUUCUAACCGCGAUAUUAGAAAGAUUGAACAUUUUUACGCCAUUGGAGAAUCGGUAAAAUGAAUCGGACGAACAAAAGAGUUCUGAAACGACGGAGCAAUCCGGAAGUUUCACGUAGAAACGACUCGAGCAGCAGCGAGGAAUCUUCGUCGGUUACCGAGAGCACUGAGCAUUCACCACAUGUUCAAAACACCAGCACGCCUCUUAGACCUAGAUGGACAAAUUCCGAAGAGAUCAAUAGGUUUCGACGAGAACAAAGAGAGAUCAACGAUGCAGAAGAGGUGUCAUCCGAUAAAAAGGGAUCGAAAAAGUUUCACAGACGCAAAGAGCAUGUUGAUCGAAAAAGGUAUCAGGACAAUCGUGAAAAGAUCGUUGAAAAGCAGAGAGGAGGACACGACCGACGUGAUAAACGAAGACACGAUAUGCGUUCUGAAGACGUUGCUAAUAAAAGACGAAAGGAAACAUCCAGUUCAGAGUCAUCAAACAAAAGUUAUAAUGAAAGCGACUUGGAACGAUCGAAACGAAAAAAACGAGAUUUAGUAGGGGAUAAUGAAUUGCCUAUUACGGAAAUCUUAAGGAGGUCGCAAGAAAAUGCGCGAACCAAAUAUGAGCAUCAGGUGCCACUCCCUGUGUUAACCACGGAUAAAGUUUACGUACAGCACAGGGGUGGUUUUAGUACAAUGAAAAUUAAUCAAACAAAAGGUUUUCCUAGUGACAAGAAAACUGAAAGGGCAAGUAGCGUUGAUAUUCGUAACGAAGAAAAUUCACCGCCUAUAAAGGUGGCUAUUAUGCUUCAACAAUUUUGGAAGAAUACAGGUCUUUUGUAUCAAGGCCUUCUAGGCGGUAUGGCGCUUACUCAUUUCAUCAUGUUGCACGUAUUUUUUAAUAAUUCUAUAGAAUUCAUCGCAGAAUAUUCACCGUUUUGCGAGAUUUAUACAAACAUCUUUUCCUUUCUUAUUGCCAUGUGCGUCGUUUCAACAUUCGAUAAGUUUGAUUUGGCACGAUUCGACGUGGAACAUCUGCGUGAGCUUUAUUUCGACUAUAACAAAGCAAUGAUCGCAGUUCCUUUGUAUCUCGUCGUUUUCUGUCUUCAUCAAAUCGGCGCAGGGACUGACGAUCAAUUAAAUUUGAUACAUUAUUACAGUUCCAAUCAUACCGUAUGGCAAAACGUCACCAAUGUUCAGUCCCUUCUGGACGACUUAAAUAGUUGGCAGAGGAUAUCUAUGUCGAAAGAUUUACUUGCAGUGUUCGCCUGGUUGUUUGUUUCCCUUGGUACGAAAGAUGAUUCGUUUUUGACUUACCUACAGUCGAUGGAGAAGUACGCGGACGAUAUCGAGUCCUCCAGACGGUAAACGAAUCAAAGUUUCUUCGGAAAAGAAGAAACUUCUCUUAAUUUGGAAUAUCGUAUUUGGCUGAGGAACUGUGACGUGUGCGAUUUCAAUAUUUAUUCGUAACAGAAUAGGGUCUGAUAUGUACAAUAUUUAUAAAGAUCUAAAUUCUAACAGACAGUACACGUACAUGUAAUACCAAUGAAGACAAUAACAUUGAGAAUAAAAUAACAUAUAGCGCGAUCGUGUUGUAAUAGUAAAAUAUGUUCUUAGAUUUUGUUUUGAGCGCGGCAUUAAGUUGAAUCAACAAUUGCGCAAAUAAAUUUUACAAGUUUUUAAAUAAAUAAAAUAACGAGGAAAUAGGAAGAAGUAUUAAAGAAAGAUAAAUUAUGCACGCAAAGUGCGUUGCAAUUUGUUUAGAAAGAGAGAGAGAGAAUAUUCUCACAUACAAUCGUCGAUAUAACGCGUGCUUUUGUUGCACGACAAACUUUGCUAUAAAUAAUGUGCGAAGGCUCGUAUUGAUUUGCGAAGCAACAGAUAGAUAGAUAUAUAUAUAUACAUAUAUAUAUAUAUAUUAUAUCAUAUUACAAUAUAAUACAUAUAUAUGUAUAUAUAUAUAUACGCAUCAUAUAUGAAUAAAUACUGUACGUACAUUUACAAAUCGCUAGCGGUUUUCUCUGCACGAAUUUACAUCGGCGAUAAUUUAAAAUAUCUCUGAACUUAAACGCUAACUCGUCAAGGCACUGUUUACAGUUCUGUCCGAGCUUAUGGAUUCGCUGAAUUUCACGUCGUUCCCUCGUUCGAAAUGGUCGAUACUUACACGUCCUCCAUCUUUCCGCUGCGGUUAACGAUCUUUAAGGUCCUUUGUCGAAUAAAUUAAGGGACAAAAUCGUUUUUACGUUAUAAGAAAACUCGAGGAACGCAGUCGACUUUCACAGAAUAGGAGGAGAACGAUCGUUUCGCGAUCGCUCGAACAAUCGGUUCUCUCGUUUCUCGGUACCCUUUUUUCUGUUUUUAUUUUUGGUGAAAAAGCAGGACGAUCGAAUAGUCCGGUUAAUCGACAAAUGGGGACUUGCUUUGGCCCCGAGGAACAGCGCCGUGUUUCGAUCGCUACCACUGGAACACGUCGUUGUGACUUUUUACUAGCUAAAGAACGCUAAACUCCCUUCUCGUACGUGUAACUUGUGUAUAUACCUUUAGAAACAUUUGUGCGGAUUCGUUACGGCAGUAUUCGAAGAGACAGCGUGAUUUGUACGAGCGGAAGAACGUUCGCCGACAGUGAAACCAAGUACGUUCGACGUAGCCAGAGAUCACUUGUCGCGAGUGAACGGGGCAUCGUGAUCGAUGCUGUCCCGUUACAAAAAGAAGAACGCCUCCCCGUUCUUCCUCGAGAAAGAGAAA